AUGCCUUCCUCCUCCACUUACGGCAUCAUUGGAGCCAUGGGUGUGGAGAUUGCUCUCCUUCGCAAGGCACUCACCGAAGUGACUGUCGUCUCAAAGGGCUCCCUCUUUACCUUUCAUCUCGGCAAGGCAAGGUGCUCGCCCGCUGCGCCCUGCGGUCAUUGCCUCGUCGCUGCGGCCGAUGUGACUGCGCCUGCCAACGCCAAUACCGAUACCGAUGCGCCUGCCAACACCAAUACCGAUACCGAUGCGCCUGCCAACACCAAUACUGAUGCCGAUGCGCCUGCCAACGCCAAUACCGAUACCGAUGCGCCUGCCGCAGAUGCGCCUACAGCCGAUGCGCUUGCAGCCGAUGUGCCUGUGCCUGGUGCGGAAACUGGAUCGGAAUGCUGUGCUGCCGAGGUCGAUGUGGUGCUGGUGGCAUCCAACGUGGGCCAAGUGUAUGCUGCUGCAGUGGCCACCAUGCUUAUCACGGCAUUCAAUGUCGAUGCGGUGCUGUUCUCGGGCGUGGCUGGCGGUCUCAUGGGCCAUCACAUGGUUGGCGAUGUCAUCCUGGCGGCGGAUACCAUCAACUACGACAUGGACGUCACUGCCCUGGUCCUCCCGCACAAGCCCGACUACGUCCACAAGCGUGGCGAGCUACCCUUUCUUGACGGUCUCCGCUCCUUUGCCGCCGAUCCAGUCCUACUCCAGCUCGCGUCAGACGCCGCUCCGCAAGUCCUCGCUCCGGAUGCCGCCCUCCACAUCGGUCGGGUGGUGACAGGCUCCGAGUUUGUGACGACGGCGCGCAAGAACGAGCUCCGCCCGCUGUGGGAGAAGCUCGGCUCGCCGCUGGCGGUCGACAUGGAAGCUGCUGCCGUUGGCCAGAUUUGCCACGCCUUUGGCGUCCCGUACCUUGUUGUCCGCGCCCUCUCGGACACCAUGGAAGGCGAUGCUGCAGCAGACUUUAACGACUUUGUCAACCAUGCCGCUGACUCGAUUGCGCCGCUUGUUCUCGCCGUAGUCCUCGCCCAUGGCGGCCGCGCCGCCGCACGCCGCGAGUCGGCCUAAGCCGCCGGC